AUGUCGAAAAAAUCAGUAACAAAGAAACCAGUGGUACCAGCGAUGUUCGCGAAAAGUGCAGCAUCAUCAUCAACAUCGCCAACGAAAUCUGCCGAAGGAGACAAAGAAAAUCGUACAAAACCAGAUCGAUUAGUUCCAUGGGUUGAGAAAUAUCGACCCAAGAAAGUCAGUGAUGUUGCUUAUCAAGACGAAGUUGUUGCAGUGCUAACCAAAUGUCUUGCUGGAAGUGAUUUUCCUAAUCUGUUGUUCUAUGGACCACCAGGUACUGGUAAGACAAGUACUAUUCUUGCUGCGGCACAUGAACUUUUUGGUCCUCAACUUUUUCGUGAUCGAGUCAUGGAAUUGAACUCGUCAGAUGAACGUGGCAUCAAUGUUAUACGUGAGAAAGUCAAGAAAUUCGCACAAUUUUCGGUAGUUGCAACACGUACUGACGGUGUUUAUUGUCCGCCAUUUAAAUUGAUUAUUCUCGAUGAAUGUGAUUCAAUGACGAAAGCUGCUCAAGCUGCACUUCGUCGAACAAUGGAACGAGAAUCUAAAACAACGAGAUUUUGUUUGAUUUGUAAUUAUAUCAGUCGAAUAAUCGAUCCAAUAACAUCUCGAUGUGCUAAAUUUCGUUUUAAGCCGUUAAGUAAUAACAUUAUUGAACAACGUUUACAAGCGAUUUGCAACAAUGAAAAUGUUCAAUGUGAACCUGAGGCUAUCAGCGAAUUAGUUAAAUGUACGGAAGGCGACAUGCGUAAAGCGGUGACAUUUUUGCAAAGUGUUGCUCGUUUCCGCACAAAUGAAACGAUUUCAACGAAGGAUGUACAUGAAAUAACUGGCGUUAUUCCAGACAAUGUUAUUGAAAAUCUCUAUCAAGUAUGUCAUUCAGGUUCUUACGAAAAACUUGCAACAACAGUGAAAAAUGUGCUCUUAGAAGGAUAUGCAUCUCAUCAAUUAUUGUUACAAUUACACGAUCAUAUUUUGGCUCAGAUGGCAUUGGGUAAUGAACAAAAGGCGGUUAUUUUCGAGAAAUCAGCGGUUGUCGAUGGAUGUUUACUCGAUGGUGCUGAUGAAUAUUUGCAAUUAAUGGAUUUUCUUUAUAAUCAAGUCGAUAAACUUAUCCUUAGAAGACAUCGAAGCUCAACUCUCCAAUCUAAUGUGUACAUUUAUUAUCUAUCGGACAGAAAAAGAAGCCGCUGGAAACAGAAGGAAAAAGCGAUAAGAGAUAAAACAGAAGCAAAAAUGUACUUGAAAUACAUUCAUUUCAUUGUCUGUCUCAAUCUUAUUAUCUGUGUAAAAUCUCAAUUGAAUGAUGAGGAUUACAAUGAUUAUGAGGCCGAACAGUCUGUACGAGUGGAGCCAUUGGUAUUCUCUCGUCGACCACAAUCGAUCCAAGUUCCACUUGGUAGCCACGCUCUGUUCUACUGCAGUUCAUCGUCAAGUCCAAUUGUUUGGUCGAAAAAUGAUACACCAAUCGGUCCUAGUGCAAAACAUUUUAUUACUAAUCAGUACCUUCAGAUUUUAAAUGUCGACGAAAGCGAUGAAGCCACCUAUGGUUGUACAAUUCGUAACGCUGUAGAAAUGCGAUCGGCGUCAGCAAAUUUAACUGUCAUUUUUCCUCCACGGUUCAAUCCAUUUCCGGACACAUAUCGAGUUGGUUUGAAAAACCUAACUACCGAAUUGCAAUGUCGAGUUUAUGGUAAUCCAAAGCCGAAAGUAAUUUGGUAUAAAUCGAACACAAUGAUUCGACAAUCUCAUCGAAUGCAAUUACGAGAGAACGGUCAAACAUUACGUAUUAAUCAGUUACGAAAUGAGGAUACAGGUCUUUAUACAUGUGUAGCAGAGAAUACUCUUCAACGCAUCUCUGCUGCCACAGAUCUUCGUGUUCGAGAUCCGACACCUCCAUUGCUCUCACGACGUAUGUCCAAUUUAACAACUUAUGACGGUGCACAUGUUGAACUCGAGUGCACAGCAACGGGAGAACCAGAGCCAAAAAUGGAAUGGUUUCGUGAUGGUACGCGUAUUCAAUAUAAUAUGCAGUACAUCUUAAAAGAAGAUGGAUCACUUCUAUUACCGCAUGUUGUCGCUAAUCAAUCAGGUUAUUAUACAUGUCAAGCAAGUAAUUACGCAGGAAAUGAUAUUCAUUCAUUUUGGGUUACCGUUGUCAAUGAUAAUCAAAUAACCGAUGAAUUGAUCGAUCGUUUGGUUCAACAAGCAACAUCAGAAGUAAAUCGUGCUGUAGCGGAAACUGUUCGUCAUUUGCAAGAUCGUCGUCGACCACGAACACCAGGAGAUUUAAUGUCGUUAAUGAAAUUUCCCAAACCAUUACAGUUAACUUUAGCUAAAACUGAAGAUAUUUUCGAACGAGCACUCGAUCUUGUCCACCGUUAUGUCGAUAACAUCACGUUUUCUAGUGAAAGCGCAAGAAACGAUAUGAAUACUAUCGAUUUUCGACCUGAUCAAUUGCUGACAUCUCGUCAACUAGAACGUCUUGCACUCGUGUCCGGUUGUGUUAUGCAUCAAUUAAAAUCACAAUGUAAUGAAAAAUGUAUGGCCUACCGAACUGCUGAUGGUACAUGUAAUAAUCUAAAGCACCCGUUUUGGGGCGCGUCAUUGACAGCUUUAUCACGUUGGUUGCAUGCACAAUAUGAAAAUGGUUUCAAUACCCCGCGUGGUUGGAAUGCAAGCAAGCUAUACAAUGGUUUCGUUUUACCAUCCGCGCGCGAAGUAUCAGGGCGAUUAAUUGCAACAAAAGUCGUCACACCAGAUCCAGCGUUUUCUCAUAUGCUCAUGCAAUGGGGACAAUUUCAAGAUCAUGAUAUGUCAUUGACAGUUCAAGCAACAAGCAAUACACGUUUCUCGGAUAGUCUUCGUUGUUUAUCAUCAUGUUCAUUUGAACCACCAUGUUAUCCUAUUCGCGUUCCUGAUGAUGAUCAUUUACGUGAAGAACGUGGUUCAUGCUUAGAAUUUGUUCGUUCGGCAGCUGUAUGUUUGAGUGGUGAAACAUCAUUUCUUCAUUUACCAUAUCGACGUGAACAAAUCAAUUCGUUGACAUCAUUUUUCGAUGCAUCGAAUGUGUACGGUUCAACUGUACAAGAUGCGUGGGAUUUACGAGAACGUAGCUCGGGCAAAGGCCUUCUUCGAGUUCAUAGUACACCACAAUUUCCAAAAGGCUUACUGCCGUUCAGUACGGAUACACCGGUUGAUUGUCAACGCGAUCGACAAGCUUCACAAAUCGGCUGUUUUCUUGCAGGAGAUCAUCGAGUCAAUGAACAAGUAGCUCUAAUUGCCAUGCAUACCAUUUGGGUACGUCAACAUAAUCGUCUCGCUGGACGUCUGAGCUCAAUAAACCCCGACUGGUCCGAUGAACAGGUUUAUCAAGAAACGCGAAAAAUCAUCGAAGCACAAUUACAAAUUAUAACGUAUCAACAUUGGCUACCAUACAUCAUUGGUGAUGAAGGAAUGAAUAUGCUUGGACCAUACAAAGGCUAUCGUCGUAAUGUUGAUCCAAGCAUCUCUAAUGUCUUUGCCACAGCUGCGUUUCGUUUUGGUCAUGGUUUGAUUAAUCCUGUAUUUUAUCGAUUGAAUUCAACCCUUGAACCAAUUCCUGAAGGCAAUCUUCUUCUUCGUGACGCAUUCUUUUCACCAUGGCGUGUAAAAGAGCAAGGCGGUAUCGAUCCACUCAUACGUGGUAUGUUUGGUGUGCCGGCAAAAAUCAAAUUACCACAACAAAUUCUUAACGUCGAAUUAACUGAACGUUUAUUUCAUGUUACACGCGCCAUAUCACUUGAUUUAGCUGCAGCAAAUGUUCAGCGUAGUCGCGAUCAUGGUUUGCAAUCGUAUACAGCGUGGAGAAAGUUUUGUCACCUAUCCCCAGAUGAAAUCAAAGAUUUCGAUGAUCUACAAGUAGAUAUCAAAGAUAAAGAGACACGAAACACCUUACGCGAUGUUUACAAACAUGUCGAUAAUAUCGAUGUCUGGAUCGGAGGAAUCUUGGAAGAUAAUCUACCAGGUGCCAAAGUUGGUCCUCUCUUCCGCUGCCUAAUAACAAAACAAUUCAAAUCCUUGAGAGAUGGGGAUCGAUAUUGGCAUGAAAAAUUGGGAAUAUUUUCACCUGAACAAUUGAAAUCUUUACAGAAAACUUCGUUAGCAAAAGUACUCUGUGAAAAUGGUGAUCGUAUUGACCGUAUUCCGCGAAACGUUUUUCUUAAUGGAAUGUAUCCACGUGAUUAUGUUCCAUGCUCGACUAUUGAAGAUGUUGAUCUGGAACCAUGGCGUGGUUGCUGUAAACAAAAUAUGGCCGGCCCAAAUGCGAUUUGUAAUACACCGGCGAUUCUUUCAUUUGACCCGUUCCCUAAUUAUCGACCAUCGACGAUUGAUACAGUGACACGACAUAAACGUGAAGCAGAAGGAGAUGUUGAAGAAGAACAAGAAACAAAAGAUGAUGAAUUGGAUUUACAAAAACUUCGUCAACAAGUCGAUGAUGUUUUACAAAAGUUCGCGACAUUUGAUAAGCGUCUAACCACGGGUACGCAUUGCUAUGAUCAGAAUACAAGAAAAAUACACAAAAAUGGUACAAAAUGGCAUGUUCAUAAAUGUCUCGUUUGCCAAUGCAAAGAUGCAACGAGUUCAUGCGAGGUUGUCUGUUAA